AUUAGUUUAGUUAGAAACGGAAGAAGAAGAAGAAGAAGAAGCAGGGAUUUUAGUGUUUAGAGUGAACGUGGACAGAACUUUUAACAUUGUAACUUUUCGCACUCUGUCUAACUGUUACCACCUGCGGACGUCUCCACAGUGUCAUCUCCCUCCAGACUUCAAGAUGUUUAACCGCCAGACGAGCCUGUGGAUGGGUGACUUGGACCCAUACAUGGAUGAGAACUUCAUCAAGCAGGCCUUCAGCGCUAUGGGAGAGUCGCCGUUUGGAGUCAAGAUCAUCACUCACAGGAUAACAGGUGGUUCAGCUGGAUACUGCUUUGUGGAGCUGGCAGAUGAAGCAAGUGUUGACCGCUGCGUCCAAAGACUCAACGGAAAACUGGUUCCUGGAUCAAACCCGCCCCGGAAGUUUAAGCUAAACUAUGCCACCUAUGGGAAACGGCCAGAGGCAGGGCCGGAGUUCUCAGUGUUUGUGGGAGACUUGGCCUCUGAGGUGGACGACUUCCAACUGCAUCAAGUUUUCAAGAAGUAUCUUUCCUGCAAGGGAGCCAAAGUGGUUACUGACCAAUACGGAUACUCCAGAGGUUACGGCUUCGUCAAGUUUGGGGAGGAGAACGAGCAGAAGAAGGCGAUCGAGGAGUGCCAGGGCACGAUGCUGGGGGGAAAGCCGCUCAGGCUCAGUAUCGCUGUGGCAAAGAGCCAGAAGAUGAGCAACUACCAUGGGGGCCAGGGCCAGAAUUACCAUAGCAACUACAACCAGUCCCCGUCCAGUUACUACGGCAGCAAUAGCAGCGGGGGCCAGGGGGGUUACUACUCUCAGUGGGGUGGCUACGACCAGUACAGCGGCUACAACAACACUGGCUAUAACAGCGGCUAUGCCAGCGGCUACAACAGUGGCUACAACUACAACUACGGGCCCUAUGGAUACCCCCCACCAGGCCACGUGAUGCCACCCCCUCCCAUGGGGGUGCCACCCAUGUCCACUGACAUGUCAGGAGCCAUAGAGCAGGGCCAUGAGGAGACGGGGGGCAUGGAGGAGGAAAAUGUAGAAGAGCCCAUCCCUGAAUGUGACGUGGAGCAGUGGAACAAAGAUUUUAUGCAGCGCAGUGAGGAGCUCUACGACGCCAUGAUGACCUGUCACUGGGAACCCAUGGACUCAGUUGACUCCCCCAUCCCAUCUUUCUCUUGAUAAUUCUUACUGUUCCUACCCCCCAAACCUUAAAUAUUUCAUUUUUUUAUGAUUUUGUACUUCCCUUAAAUCUGCCAUGGUCUGAUACCACAUUGACCCCGACACAGGGACAGCUUCGGCCCACUGUUUGUACUGUAACUGACUGAAGGCUGAGAGUACAUCCACAUGUACACACAAAUAUUCACUCGAUUUUAAUGUUUACCAUGUUGGUAAUAUUCAAAAAGUUGUUUGAUAAUCAGUGAAGUUGCUACCAUGAGCUCCUCAAUACAGUGUAGGGAUGAAAUGUUGAAGCAGCCUUCUCUGCUGUUGAGUGGCACACAGUAGCUGUAGCAAACUGAACGUUGUGUCAGUAUUUCAAUAUUUAAUGAUGUCACUGAGGAACAAACUCCACUGUCUUACUUUUGUUGAUCCAUGUUGAAAUGGUGACACCAGCAAAAGCUAACUUUGUUCAUUGAGUAUGUCCCCGGGAGAACAGAUUGUCUUCUGAAGACAAAAGUUUAAACUAUGCCUUAAUUAUCAUUGGCCAUGUACGUCCUCUCAGUCUAGGAUGGACUAGAAUGACUUUGUAUAUACAGGAUAACAGUCUUGUUCAUUUUUAAUAAGGAAACUUUCCUCAGUUUUUCUGAUAGAUUUAAUGGACAUUAUGUGGGUAGAAGUGAACAUAAGGAGUUGACCCAACAGUAAUCAAAUGUAAUUUAUCACUGUUUUCCAGACAAGAAGCUCUGUGUCUUUCUAUAUAAUAGAUGAAUGGUACAACCUCCCAAUACCUUUUUGAGCGCUGUGAAACUGCAUGUAUUCAUUUUGUGAGGUUGACAGCUGAUCUGCUGUAUCAGAUGUCUAGGCCACAUUUAUCCUCUGACGUCUGUUUUUGUAUAUAUUUUCUUUCUGCAGGCGAUUUAUCAAUAAAACAAUUUUAGGAGGGAAA